UUCCGCUCGAGGAAGAUGGUGGCGCCGGCGGCGCUCCGCGUGGUGCGAUGCGGCGGCAGCGCCCUGCACGGCGCCCGGGCCGUCUUCUCCGUCGGUGCCAGGUUCCUGCUGUGCGCCUCCGGCGACUUCGUGAAGAUGUACAGCGUGGCCACCGAGGAGCUGGUGCGGCUGCUGCGAGGCCACGGCGACCUGGUGACGAGCGUGCAGCUCGCCCCGCACAACCAUCUGCAGCUGUAUUCUUCCUCCCUUGACGGCACCAUUAAGCUGUGGGACUUCACAGAUGGGAUUCUCAUUAAAACGUUCACUGUAGGACAUCGGCUGCUCGCGCUGUAGGCGCUGCCUGCUGCUGAGGACUCUGUGUUUGUUAUCAUUCCAAAGCGGGAUGCAAGAAUUUUCCUUUGGCCAGAUACGUUCCAACUGGUCUCAGUUAAGCUGACAAAAGCAGCAGGCCAAGACAUGGAAGCCAAGGAAUUGUCUGUGGUUUUGGAGGGUGUGGAUGCGUCCCCAAAGUGUACUGCAUUUGGAAGAGAGGGUGAAUAUGUGGCAUCCGUUAAAGAUGUUACUCUCCAAGUUUACUUCUUGAAACAGAAGCAAUUGAACAGGUUUUCUCUGAGAGCAACAAAUACAAAAGGUGGAAACGAUGUCUUUACUUGUGUAGCCUGCCGUCCUCAGGAGGAUUGUAUUGCAACUGGCCAUGCUGAUGGAAAGAGUCGUCUCUGGAGGAAUUUCAACCACAAAAAAGAGUACACGUUCUCUACACUGCACUGGCAUCACGAUAAAGUCCUGGAUCUAGCUUUUUCUGUAGAAGGAACCAGCUUGCUGAGUGGAGGAGUUGAAUCUGUUCUAGUUCAGUGGCACAGUGGAUCAGACUGCAAGAAGGAUUUUCUUCCUCGCUUGGGAUCUGCUAUUGAAUACGUCUCCAUCUCACCUGAUGGCGCUUUCUAUUGCACCUCUCAUGCAGACAACAGAAUUACAAUAAUAAACAGCAACCUGAGAUUUUCCGAAACCAUUCCAGGGCUAGUUAAAGCCAGGGAUAUCAAGACAGGUCUAGUGGUUGAUCCUAGAACCAAAGCUUUGGUCUUGAAUGGAGAGCCUGGCCACUUGCAGUUCUACUGUCUCCAAAGUGACAAACAGCUAUACAGUUUGGAUAUUGUUCAGCAAGAGCACGUCCAUCAAGCAGGCUGAAACCAAUCUGACUUGUCCAGAGUUGCGUUUAGUGCUGAAGGCAAGUGGUUAGCAACAGUAGAAGAGAGAGAAGAAACUGACCUAGAGUUACAGUUGAAGCUGUGGCUCUUUGAUGAGAAAACACAAAGCUUUAGACUGAAUACUAGAGUAAGCAUGCCUCAUGAGGAUCACGUAACGGCGAUGUGCUUCCGUGACAUGGAUGAAAUGGAAGAUGACUCUCUGAUGCUGGUAACAACUGGGAGAGACUGUGUGUUUAAGGUCUGGGUGAUACUAGAAGACGCUGAUCCGGAGGGUAAGUAAGGUCAGAGCAUAAUAUGCUCUUAUUUGUCUCCUUAUAACACGCCAUAGAAAUGCUGACCCAAAGUGAAUCCCUUCAAAAGUAGGUCAUCUAUUCCUACCCAUUUAGUCACGCUAUUGCGUGCUCUCCUGAGCAUCCUCUGCCAUGGACUUCUGCCGUAGUUUUACAAUAUGAGAUUUGCAGUGUAAGGAACCUCCUUAUAAAGACUUCACAGAGCUUGCUGCAGGAGGGCAUGGCAGCCUAUAUUCAUUAUUGAAAAGAUUGUUUUUAGCAUGGUUUCUCCACUCUAGGAAACUGGAGUGGGUAUAGUGUUUUAGAAUCCGGGUCAAAAAAGGAU